CCACGGGCUGAUGACCUUUCUUUUUUGCCUUUUUCAAAAGGGGUAUUGGCGCGCAGGUGUCAAUUUCCCUUCCUGUGCCGAAAGAGCUGUAAGCUGCCUGUUGGUCCCCCAAUUGCGAGGAAACCAAAACCACAACCGACCUUUUCUCUGCCACUGUGCUAUACUUCUUAUACUUACUUAUCAUCAAUCUCAUCCAAUCCUCUGAUGAUCGCAUCCUUUUUUUUGGGGGGGGGGUGUUCCUUUGACUGGGAGGUCUCAUCUCUGAACUACUUCUUCUCUGGAAGGGGUGGGAUGUGCCAAAUCACCUUCAUGAGACCCCCCCUCUGGCGAGUUGGGCGGUGUAACGCCCACCCACCCUGAUGAGUCAAUAAGUCGUCGAAUCGAAGAAUUGCGACCGCCAGAGAGGAUCCAUUGAGUCAUUGAGUCCGACCGAGCAGCGCAGGGGGGAUCGAACUCACCGCAGUUUGGAGGAGGAUUUUUCAAAUCAACCGUUGCCAGAUCAAGAGAGAAGAGGGCCAGUCAAUCCAAAAAGGUGCUUCGGUGAAUUUUCGAGGUUCAGCAAGUACGCAGAAGGCGCGCUUUUUAGCUUCGGCAGUUUCAGCGAAAAAGCUGGGUACGGCACGGCUUUGCGAAGAGAGGUGGAAGAGUCGAACCAUGGCUCCCGACAAGAGAUCGGGAUCGGGCUCUAUGUCUCUUAAUGCUAACUCCUCUAAUAUCGCUACUACUGCUCCCGACAAGAGAUCGGGAUCGGGGGGCUCUACCUCCCAUAACUCUGACAGAAGUAAUUCGAGCUCUUCUUCCUCCUCCUCCUCCUCCUCUUCUUCUUCUGCUUCUGCUUCCUCCUCCUCCUCCUCUGCGACCGAUAUGUCGAAAAGCGGAUCGUCGUCGUCGUCGUCGUCGUCUCCAGCUAUGGCUAUGGCCUGCUCCCCUUCUUGUCGUUACUCUCCCACAGUGAUACCGGAGUGUGUUGUGAAGGCGGAAAUGAACCGACGUAUCAAACUAGCAGAAACUCAGAAAAAUGCCGGGAAUGACAUGUUCAAGGCUGGAGAGUACGUCAACGCGAAAGAGUGCUACCUGCAGGCGCGCAAACUUCUUCCCAACGCUUAUUGCUGCUAUAAGGAUAAGCGAAGAGGGGUGAUAAUAAGUAGAGUGGGGAGAGUAAGAGGAGGGAGAGGAGUAGGUAUAGGGUUAGGAGGAGGAAUAACGAUUACUAGUACUAGUAGUACUAGUAGUACUAGUAGUAGGAUUAGUAGUGUAAGUAGAAGGGUAAGAGAGGGAGGUGGUUUUGUGAUUGGUAGUUGUGGCUAUGGCGGUCAUAAGAAGAAGAAGAAGAAGAAGACGACGAAGAAGAAGAAGAAGGAGGGAGGGGUAGACGAGGAGGAUGGUGAGGAGGUGGACCACCGCCUCCACCAGCUCCCCCUCCCGCCGCUGCAGAUGCAUCAGCAGCAGCAGCAGCAGGAGGAAGAGGAGGACGGGGGGGACGUGGAUGCUCUCGAGAGCAAGCUCCGCAAACUUGUCGUUUUCCUUCACUUUAAUAUAGCAGCCUGUGCCAUCAAAACGGAGGAAUAUGAGACGGCUGUGUCCCAUGCGGACGAAGGCCUGAGAGUAGCGGCCAUGGCUAAGCUCGAUAUUAAGAAAGGCCUGUUCAGACGUGGGAAGGCCUAUAGUAAAUUGGGAAAACUCCGCGAAGCUCUGGAGGACUUACAGCAUGCAGCAGAUCUGUCGACUGAUGAUGAGGAGAUCAAGGCCGAGCUGUCACAUGUGCGGGCGUUGCUUGCAAAACAGGAGAAUGAAUUGCUAAGUCAAAGUAGCGAUGAUGAUGCAGCACCAGCAGGAGGAGGAGGAGGAGGAGGGAGUAAAUCUAAAGGGAAAAAGAAGAAGAAAAAGAAUAAGAAGAAGGAAAAUAGUAGUAGUGACAAACAGAAGGAUAAGAAGAAGAUGGAGUGUGAGAAUGAGGAUGGGUCCAGCGAAGAUGAGAAGCAUAAUGCUGGCGCUCCUGGGAAGUUGAAGUCAUCCAGGUGUGGGGAUCGCGAUUGGACGGCUGAGAUGGACCGUCGUGAGAAGAGCAAAGCUAUGGAGAAUGGCCGUGGAGGUGGAGGGAUUGAUGAGCAGCAGGGAAAUGGGAAUGUCAGGAAGGGAUGGUCCAAAUCAACAAGCGGACAUGGGGAAGAAGUGGGGGUGGGAAAGAGAGGAGGAGGAGGAGGAGGAGGAGGUACAUGCGUCCGGAAAGGACAAGUUGGUGGGAGGGGUGUUAAGGUUGGUGGGAGGGGUGUUAAGUGGUUGGGUGUUGGGAGUUUGGGCGAUCGUAAGCGGCAGGAGGAAGGAGAAUAUGAUGAUGAGGAGGAGGAAGAGGAGGAGGAGGAGGAGGAGGAGGAGGAGGAGAGGGAGAUGGAGAGGGAGAGCGUCCGAGACUCGUGGUCAUCGAGAAGAAGAGGGAACGAGAAGAGAGAGGGUCUUCUGUCUAACAGUUUUGCGGCUCUGAGAAUGGCCGAGGUUAAUGGGCUUUCCUCUGGCUAUGGAGAUGGAGGAGGAGAGGGGGAAGAAGAAGGAGGAUGGAUGACAAUGAAGAGGAAGGAGAAGAAGAAUAAGAUGGUGAGGAAUGGUGGGGCUGAGCAGAGAAAGAGGGAGGAAGAGGGGAAAGAAAAGCAGAGGGCUGCAGAUGAGGCGGUGGCUGUGGCAAGGAGAGAGAGUGCAGCAAAAGAGGAGGAGAAGAAGGAGAGGUUUUUCCCAGGGAAGAGGGUAUAUGAGUAUGCGCUACAGAAGCAGCAGAUGGAGUUGGAGGAAGAGGAAAAAGAAAAGCAGAGGGCUGCAGAUGAGGCGGUGGCUGUGGCGAGGAGAGAGAGCGCAGCAAAAGAGGAGGAGAAGGAGAGGGUUUUCCCAGGGAAGAGGGUAUAUGAGUAUGCGCUACAGAAGCAGCGGUUGGAGUUUGAGAGUCAGUUAGCUGGUGAUGUCCAGUAUUGCAAGACGAUGAGGGAGAAUGCAGAGGCCAUGGCCAUGGGAGAGAGAAUGAAGAAGCUGUUCCCUAUCAUAGGAGGCGGCGGUGGGGUAGGGAUGGUGGAAAACGUGGAUUUUGAGAGCAGAAGGAGCAGCUUUGGGUUCGGAUUCGAUGAGAACACAGCGAUGGCAAUGGCUAUGGCAGGGACGAGGCAGCCUCCGGUGAUCAGAAGAGAGAGAAGGGAGAUGAAGGGAAGAGGUGGAAGAGGAGGAGGAGGACGAGGAGAGAUGCUUCCUCCCUUACUACCUCCUCCUCCACCGAUGUCGCCUGUCCCUCUGGCCCCAGAGUUUUGGGUGCCUUAUCACCCCCCGCCCCUACCUCCGCCAACUUUGUUUCCGCACGUCGCUCAACUACGGGGCGACUGGAGCAGUGCUUUUGCCCCUGAGGAUAACACCUAUUUUCAGGAUGAAAACGUUUUCCAUCAGCACAGGAAUCCCAGCACCAGCGACGGUAGAGUAUUCUUUCAGGGUCCAGUUCCCAUGGGUGAUGGUGGCCCUCCUCGUCCUCCUGGGAAAGCUCCACAGUAUGGUGGAACCCCAUGUGGUCCCUGGGACAAUGGCCAUUGGGAUCCCAAUAUGCAUUGGGACGCCAAUGGUCAUCGGGAUCCCAAUUGGCAUUGGGACUCUAAUGGUCACCGGGAUCCCAGUGGUCGUCGGAAUCCCAAUGGUCGUUGCGAUUCCAAUGGCCAUUGUGAGGCCAAUGGGCAGCCGGAUCCCAAUGGUCAUUUGAACUCCAAUGGGCAAUGGAAUGCUGAUGGGCAUUGGGACAAUGGUUUCAGGCAAAGACAGCAGCAUCUUCAUGAGCGGCCUAUGUGGCCACCGUUCGGACCCAUGGAUGGGCCACGUAUGCCCACAAACGGAGGUUCCAUGCCCAUGCGUAUGGAUAUGCCAGCGGGGGCCCAAGGAGGGACUUGGUGGCCCCAGGAGGGGUCUAUGGAGGAUCAGGUGACGGGCCAGAAUGGACUGUGCAACAGACUAGAAGAUAGGCCACCAGGAGGCUGGACAGAGCAGGGGGCGCCUCGGCCUCUGAUCCCAUCCGUCCUCGAUCCCACAAUGCCCAUGACGACUAGGUCUACAGAUAUGGCCACCCCUGUCACCAGUUUCAACCUCAGGACCAAUGCAUCGGAGCCGAUGAUUUCCAUCAGCAUCACGGGAAGUAGGCCGACCUGUGGUCCGGCGACCGCCGUCCAGAAUGGAAAGAAUCUUCUGCGGCGUCAGCAGCAAACUCUUCAUUCUCCUCCCCCCCCCCUUCCUCCUCCGCCUACGCCUCCUGCUGCCGGUCCUCUUCCUCGUCCUGCUGCUCCUCCCCGUCCUCUUCCUUGUCUUUCUCCGCUUCCUCCUCCUCCUCCUCCUGCUGCUGUUGCUGCUGCCGCCGCUACCGUUGCUAGUCCUGUCUCUGCGAUGGUGAUAGCCACACCAGCUCCUCCCACAGUUGCUCCUACCGGGGCUACGGCUAGUGCUGCCGCUCCUGUCGUGGCGGCGCCAAGGACAAUGCCAAGGGAUAGUGAGGGGGGGGACACAUCAACAGACUCUCUUCUCAAGGAACUGUUUCCACACUUCUUCCCGGAUCCUUCUCAUGCUGCUCCUCCCCCCCCUCCUGUGUCCUCCUUUUCUUCGCACGGAAGGAGACGAGGGGUGGGUGUCUUAGAAACCCCCUUGGAGCCCUCAGGGGCACCUUACAAUGUCCACGACGAUAUGUACACCCAUUUUCUUCCCACGAACGAGGACGACUUGCUUCGUCCCUCCUUGCCUUCCUGCCCCUCCUCCCUCCUCUCUUCCUCUCCUCUUUGUCAAAAUGGUCAGAAUUGUCAGAAUCGUCAGAGUCGUGAAAAUCUACGUUAUCAGCGUGAUCUGCACGAAGAACAAUGUCUGUACCUCCAAGACCUAGGGGAGCCGUUCUUCGGUACAGGUGGAGAAUGGGGAGGAGGGGACGGAGUGGGAGGAGGAGGAGGAGGAAGUGGAGUGCAGAACGUGAAUGGAGAGACGACGCGGCAGUCAUCCUCGAUACUCGACAUGCUUGAAACCGGAGAGAGAAGAGGUAGAGUAGCAUCGGAACAAAACACGUCGAGUAAGAAAGAAGCGGGCACUCAGGCGCUAAUGGUGUCGUCGUCUUCACCAUCCGCCAUGCCUUCACCAGUACCAUCAUCCGCGUUGCCUUCGCCAUUUUCGACUUCGUGGAACCCGCCUCGGAAGAACAGGACCGGCGAUGAAAGCAGGGGCAAUUUAACAGCAGAGGAGUUGAUGGACCCUUCCCUCUGGGACGACUGUCAGAAUUAUUGUUGUAUUUGCUUCGAGAAGGAGAGGAACGGGCUAUUACUACCAUGCGGUCAUCUAACGUCGUGCGUCGAGUGCUUGGCACAAGUCAGGGCCUCCACCCGACCCUAUUGCCCCCUCUGCCGCCAAGAGAUUGAUGAUGUUAUUCAAGUCAAUUUUAAUAAUUCCUAGCAACGCACCGCACAACCAAUCAAUCACCGCGAAACAGAAAAAGAAAGAAAUGGGUAUAAAGCCACAUGUUUUGCAUUCUCACCCUUCGAUCCCCACUCUGCUUCCUUUCUGGACCUUGGGCUAUGCUCCUCUUGAGUAAAGUCAUGGAUUGCUUCACUCUAUGUUGUGGAACCGCCAUGCUCACAUAUGUCUGUGUAUGGAUGUGCGUGUGUGUGAUAGAUAUAUAGAUAUAUAGAUAGAGAGAUAGGUAGGUACAGAGAGAGAGAGAGAGAUAGGUAGGUACACACACACACACACACACACACACACACACAGAGAGAGAGAGAGAGAGUUGCGUUCCAUGCAUGGGGUUUGUGCACAACCUCGUGCUUUGUUUUCGCAAUGUGGAUUGCCUGAGGUAGCUAUCAUUCUGGGUUGUCUACGUUCGAAGUGUGAUGUCUGCGCAUUUAGACGGGUUGUACGUCUUCGUGCAUGUAAUGGGGAGAUGGAUUUUCAACCACAGAGUCAUGCAUGUGCGUUUGGUCAGCGUUCAAGUUUACGGCCUUGGUCGGCACACAUGAAUUCCAUUUUAACUCUUAAGGCCCUUUGCGCGUGUAACGGGGGGAUAGAUUUCCAAGUUUGCAGCACUGGAUUAAAUGGAUUUGUUGUGUGCCCUGGAUUUGGAUCAUUUGGAUUUUUGUGUGCGUACUAUACAACCGGUUGAAGCAUAUAACGGUACGGUUAAAAAGUCGCAAAGUUUUUAAAACCAGAUAUUAACUCAGAGACUUGACGACUGGAUCGCGCAGAUGUUAAAGCCGCCAGUAUCUGGGGAGAGUGUGCGUGCUAGCCUGCUUCUUGGAUAAAGUGGGGUCGACCUGCUGGUCAGCUUGUGCCGUCUUUUUUUUUUUUUUUUUUUUUUUUUCAGCUUGUGCCGGCUAAAAAAUUGAAAAAUGGUCAGAGGUGACCAGAAGCGUGCCUGAUAUGGGGUGGUUUAAGCUUGAUGGCUCUGUGAUCUGGAUAAAACAGGUUAUUACUG